GACAUUAACAACGUGACAUUAAAGCCAGAUGUGUGUUGCGCAACAUAACCUCUGAGCACAAAACUCCAAGGUCCAACGAAAGCUGGUGAUCUGUCCCAACCAGGCGCAGUCCUUUCUGACCAGAUCUGCAGAUUAGUGGCUGAGCAUCAUCAUCAAAGAUGGGAGAUUGGGGAUUUCUGUCAACGCUGCUGGAAAAAGUCCAGUCACACUCCACUGUGAUUGGUAAGAUCUGGAUGAGCGUCCUCUUCCUGUUCAGAAUCAUGGUUUUGGGUGCAGGUGCUGAAAGCGUGUGGGGGGAUGAGCAGUCAGAUUUCAUCUGUAACACUCAGCAACCUGGUUGCGAGAAUGUCUGCUAUGACUGGACAUUCCCCAUUUCGCACAUUCGCUUCUGGGUGCUCCAGAUCAUCUUUGUGGCCACGCCAACUCUGAUCUAUCUGGGCCACGCCAUGCAUGUCAUCCACAAAGAGAAAAAGCUGAGGGAGUUGAUCUCCAGCCCUGGUGGGACCCAGUACAAAAGGCCCAAGUACACAGAUGAAAAGGGGAAGGUGCACAUCAAGGGGAAUCUGCUGGGGAGCUAUCUAACCCAGCUUGCAUUCAAGAUCGUCAUUGAGGCCGGCUUCAUCGUGGGUCAGUACUACUUGUAUGGCUUCGUCAUGGUCCCCAUGUUCCCCUGCUCUAAGAAGCCCUGCCCCUUCACUGUGGAGUGCUACAUGUCUCGACCCACAGAGAAAACCAUCUUCAUUAUCUUCAUGCUGGUGGUGGCCUGCGUUUCUCUGGUUCUAAACGUCGUUGAGAUGUUCUACCUGAUUUGUACCAGGGUCAGGUGCAGGUCCCGAGCUCGCACUCAGAUUACCUCAGCAAAAAACCCUGCCGGCCUCUCAGAUCCGAGGUGGCCAACUACAGAUGACAUCCUCAAGCAGAACAGGAUGAACACAGACCUCGAGGCCAGCCACAGUAUCGGGGGAAGCUUAGAUGGGGCCAAAGAUGAAAAACGACCACUGAGUGGACAUUAAAAACCACAUCUGUGACAAUGAAAAUGUGUCAUCUUACUUCAUGGUUUUUUUGUUCAGAUACAUCCAAGGAACUAAAAUGACAACAUAAUGGCAAAUAAUGUGUUAAUAUAUGCUUAGAAAAGUCUUCAGAGUAUACAUUGUUAUAUUUUUACUUCUAUUCUUCUUCUAUUUGCUUCUAUUCUAUAGUACGUGCUUGAAAAUCCUCUAAUAAAAAGUGCAAUACUGACAUAUUUAUCUUAUACAAACAAACAUUUGCUGCCAGUAGUAUACUGUAAAAUCAUGAAGCACAGCAAUUUACUGUAAAGUAGAUUAGAAGGAAAACUACUGGCACGCCUGCCACCAGUCUGUAUCCCCAGUCACUGAACCUGCCCUUUAAGUUAUUGUCUUUAUUUUCUGUGCCUUGAUUUACCUGCUGAAAGAUGAUGAUGAUGAUGAUGCUGUGUGUUAUAUGUUCAUAACCUUUUUGUAUACAUAUUUGUUUUGAAUAAAUGAUUUGAACUUGAA